CAGUGAGGUGAGCCUCCAAGAAGAGCAUGCGCGCUGUAUCUCUCGCUCUGCUUUAAUAAACAGCUGGGUCUGUGCGCCGAGUCGAGAGAAAAAGGAAGCUGCGCUGCUGUGUCAGAGAGCUUGGUGACAUGGUGAAGAUUAAACAUUCGGGAUUAUUGUUUUUUUGAUGGAUUCACGUCUGUGAUAAAAUAACAAAAAGGAAAGGAUGAGUGGAGCUGAGGCCUACUAACACCAGACAUCAACAUCGCCAUACAAUGAUGAGCCUCAAUUCGACUUAGAAUCACUGAAACACUGAUAACUCGGAUUCCAUUUCUGAUGGAUGUACAGCAUUUGGGGAAGAUAAGAAGAGUAGUUUUUAUUCUAAUGACAGUAUAUUGGCGAUACGCUUAACCUCUGGGGAUAAAAAGAAACUGAGCCUCGACCUCAUUCAUCCUGACUCAAAAGCCUUUGUCUUCACAUUACUAAAUAUGUACAUCAACAAGCGAUGGACCGGAACGUCCUGCUUGAGUGGAUCAAGGACGAGGUACAUCUGAGGACAUUUGACGACUAAGCUUUACUCCUCCUUUCUGUUCCUCUCAUGGUCUUCAUAGGUUGGGAGCCAUCAGCAGGCUGCUGAGGGGAUGAAGAGGGAAUCGAUGGCCAAGCCCCUCUACAGGCUGCAGCGUUUCCUCCGGAAGACCCAGCUCUUCCUUCUGUUCCUGGGCGUGGCCUAUGUCAUGGCUGGGAGUGUCCUGCUCCUCCAGCGGGCCAGCCUGGUGGUGACCCAGCGAGCCGCCACCAGCCCUCCACUGCCCUCCCUGCCCUCCUUACCCUCACCACCCCUGGUCCUGGAACUGGGGAUGCCGCCCGGGAGGGUGGGAGGCUAUGGCGGCAGGAGCUCACGGAUCAUGGCCAGAGGGCGGGGGUUCCAGUCUGGGAACAUGCUGGAUGACAAGACUGGAGCACGCUGGCUCAUGUCACGUAAUCUGGAGAUACGACACUUGAGACGACGCUGGUUCCACAGUCUGAUGACGGAGAAAGAUAUGUCACAGGUGGAGAGGAGUACGCCCAGGAGGAAGGUGUCUCGUAAAGGUUCUUAUAUUGGCUGCUUUCUGGACAGUUCUAAAGAGCGGGCCUUGAGGGGUUCAGUGUCCUAUGAUUUCCGCAAAAUGACCAGCACCAUGUGCCAGGAUACCUGCUCAGAGAGUGGCUACCAGUUUGCUGGUCUGGAGUACGGAUCAGAAUGUUACUGUGGCAACCGCGUCACCAGCCUUCGCGUGCGAGAUGAGGAGUGCAACGUGGAUUGUAAAGGAGAGAAACGCUCCCCGUGUGGAGGUGUCGGGCGCCUGUCGGUGUUCAAGGUGGAGGACGUGCUACCAGGCCAGAGGAGAUACAGGAACGUGCUUUACCGCGGCUGCUUCAGGGAGCCUGAGAACAGCACUUCUGCAGCUCUGGUCCAUGUGGUCCAGCCCAACCUCACCACCCAGUCUUGUGUAGAGGCCUGCAUGAACAAGGAGUUUCCUCUGGCAGUGCUGGGGAGCACGGACUGUUUCUGUGGCUACGCUACUCCUGACUUCAGCCUCCACCAGCCAGCUGACGAGAAACGUUGUUCACAGACCAACAUCACAGAAACCCCCUUACCUUCAUCAACCCUCCAGUCUUUCUACCGGGUGUACCAGACACCUGUCCAAGAUUCCAGGUGCACAGAGAGGAAGUUCCUACCAGAGAAGUCCAGUUCAUUGGUAGCUCUCUCUAGCUUCCCUGGAGCAGGCAACACUUGGGUCAGACACCUAAUAGAGCUCACCACAGGAUACUAUACAGGAAGCUACUACUUUGAUGGAACACUUUUCAACAGAGGCUUCAAAGGUGAGAAGGAUUAUUGGAAGAGUGGUCGGACCAUCUGUGUGAAGACACAUGAAAGUGGGAAGAGAGAAAUAGAGAUGUACGACUCUGUCAUCCUGCUGAUCAGAAACCCCUACCGCUCACUCAUGGCGGAGUUCAACAGGAAGUGUGCAGGACAUCUGGGAUAUGCCUCUGAUCAGCACUGGAAGAGCAAAGAGUGGCCUGAAUUUGUAAGCAGCUACGCCCCCUGGUGGGCGUCCCACGUACUAGACUGGCUUCGUUUUGGGCGCAAUGUCCUAGUGGUUCACUUCGAGGAACUCCAGAUGGCGCUGGUGCCCCGGUUGCAAUCCAUUGUGUCCUUCCUCAAUGCCACGGUGACGGAGGACAGACUGCUGUGUGCCGAGAGCAACCAGGACGGACACUUCAAGCGCUCCGGUGUCCGGCGGCCCGCCUUUGACCCCUUCACGCCGGACAUGAGAGGAUUGAUAGACGGGUUAAUCCGCACGGUGGACCAGGCUCUUCGGGAAAGCAACCACGCAGGUCUUCCACUGGGGUACCUGCCCAGAUGAUGGACAGCUGGACCCAGACCUCCACCUGGUCCUCUAAUCGAUUCCUCUUCAUUUUAAACUGCCUUAAAGAUGUUUCGGCCCAGAUGGAUGGAGAACCCAAUUCAACCCAAGGGAAAUUGUUUUGAGAUCAUGAGCUUGUCUUGCAAAUGAGGCGUAGUUGUAUAGACAGAGGCAGGUCUAAGUAAACUCAUUUUAUGUUUUAGAAGCAAGCUAGACAAUAGGGGGAUACUUGUCAAAGAGCUGUCUUUCUGUUUUAGAAGUGUUUGGCUUGUUGGGACAUUGCCUUAUUGAGGGUGAGCCAUCCAGCGGAGUGUAAUCACUGAAGCAUGUUUUGGCAGGAAAGAUUUAUUCUGGAAUUAUGGGAGAUUUGUUUUUAAAAGAAAUAUGCUCAUCACCCGGUACAUCUGAUGGUUGGUUGGGCAGAAAUCUCAUAUUCUGCACAGUGGAGGAUGGAAGGAUGAACUGACAUGAUUACAAAUACAUGGUUGGAAACAGUCUCCUCUGAAAUAUAUUUGAAAUGUACAUCCCAUGAGAGCAAUAGGCUAAAUCCUAGGGGAGCAAUGCACUUUUUAAAUGUGUUGUUGUGAACAAAAUAUCAAAACUCACUGCAUUAGAUUAUUACAUAAUAAAGUCACUUUAAAUUUUCUUAUGUAAGCAAAGUCUUCAUAAAGGGAUGCUGUAUGAUUUACAUUGGAAUGUUUAGGUAGUGUUUUAGACAUAAUCAGGAUGAAUAGGUCCUUAUGAGUAUUUUGGCAAUUCUGACAAAACAAUUAUACCAGUAACCAAAUACAGCUAUGGUAAAUAUAAAGGAUCAAGUUGCAUUUUGACUGGUGCAUCCCAGGAGAUGGAGUGGCAUCAUAAGCAAUACCCAUGGAUAGGUCCCUUGUCGAGUCAACCUACAAUACACUAGACCAGACAGUAAAUCCCUGCAUAUAGAUUUAGUACAGGAAAAUGGGACCAGGUUUUUAUUCCUUUCCUAAUCUGUACUGAGCUGAUAAGAGCAGCACUGGUUGAGUGGGCAAUGUUUUCUCGACCAGAAGUGUCUGGAUUUACAGUUUUGUGAUAAUAUUGGUACUCUCUGCGCCCCCUCCCCGUCCCACCCAGUAUCAGAUACCCUCAUGUCAGGGAAAGUUAAUCUAAAAUUCUAAAUCAGACACAAAACUAUAGAGAUCUGGAUGUUUUCUAUUACACACAAAUACCUUCAUAUAACUGUGUAAAGCUGGGAUAUCCUGAACAAUAAAGCAUAGAUUUGAGAAGAAACUAUGAUUAGAAAAUGUUGAAAUAUGACGUGUGGUGAAAUGUGGUUUGAGGUAUGGUUGUUAUCAGUACAUUCGUAAUAUUUUCGGAUCAUAGGUAAUAGGGUAGUUCUCUUAAAACACAUUUCACUUACAUGGGCUAUAGCCAUAACAAUACUAAAACUAUACGAAUAAUAAAUAAAAAAUGUUUAACCAG